AUGAGAACAUCAAUUGCUCAUUUAUAUUCAGACAUUUGGCGACAUAUAUUUGAAUAUUUUAAUGCCUUAGAAUUACUUUUCAGUCUCGUGCAUAUAACUGAAGCAGCAGACGACGUUUUAUUCAAUGAAGGUUAUCAUUUGCGCUUACGAGGACUUAUUAUCGAUGAUUCUAUUCGAGCUCUUCCAAAAGAACUUUUGCUCAGUCAGGUUAUAUCGCUCGAAUUGCACCAAAAGGGCUGCUUUGAGAGAAGCGAACAUUGCUCAGAGCUUCGUUCGCUAAAAGUUAUUGGUCAAUCCGAAUGGACUAUUUCUUUGCUGAAAAAAGUUUCUCAUACUAAUGUGAAACUUGAACAACUAGUCCUAGUUGUGCCUGGUGUUGGCCCAUUGUACGAUUUGUUGGAAUGUAUAACACCUUUGAUUUCGUUGCGCCGACUAUCAAUUGUUGCGGACCAAUCAGAUGAAAAAAUAAAACCGCAUGUCCUACCCAUGAUCCAAACAAAUAUUAAACGCUUUAGUUUGCAUUCAUGUUCAUCUAUUAAUUGGAAUGAAUUAUCACACAUGCUUCCCUUUUUAUCCAACGUUUGCUUUCUUGAUAUUACCAUCUCUCAUGAUAACAAAGAUUCAGUUUCUUGGUUUAGUUUUCCAAAGGUUUCCUAUAUGUCUCUCAGAAUUCUUGAAGUUCCAUUUGAAUGCCUGAGUGCUAUUAUAAAAACAGUGCCCUCUCUCGUAAAGCUUAAGUUAAGUGGUCUCGUGAAUAUUGAAGGAUUUGUGGUUAAUCAUAGAUGGCUCGAUUUAUUCGAUUUUUGUCCUUCUCUCAACAUAGUCACCGUCAAUUUAUCAAUGGAACGUGAUACGAGCUUUUUUCCUAUUGAUACUGUUCAAACGAGCUUACGAGAAGUCAAUCUAAAUUUAUCAUGUAUGGACGAUGAUUGUGAUUAUUAUUCGGAUACAAGAUACCAGCAUCGUUGGUGGACUUUAUCGGGAAUAAUUUCUAGAUAA